UGACAAAAAAUAUGAAAAAGAAAAACACAAAUAGGCAAAGACCUGUGAAGGAAUAAAUAGAGGUGUCUAGUUGCUAUUUAAUUCAAAUCAACAUAUUAUUACAUUGUUUGUGACAAAGAAAAGAAGUUCAUUUUCUUCUUCUAAGCUUGAAACUUGUCCAUCAUAUUCAUAUCAAGAAACUAGCAACAAUGCGGCCUCCUAGCCGCGGCGUUUAUUCGCUGUUUAUCUCAUUUCUUGUUGUUUCCAUCUUGUCCUACCAGAUCUCAUCUGUUGUAGGACAAGAAGGCGAUAAUGAUAUUGAUUUAGAUGACAUUAAGGCUAAUGCUAGUAAGUUGAGUUUCGAAAACCCAAAGAUUCGCGAUGCUUAUAUUGCGUUACAAUAUUGGAAAACAGCUAUGUUUUCUGAUCCUUUUAACUUCACAGCUAAUUGGACAGGACCAAAUGUUUGUUCCUAUGGUGGGGUUUUUUGUGCUCCAUCGUUAACCGAUGGUUCGAUUAGAGUUGUGGCUGGCAUUGAUCUUAACCAUGCUGACAUUGCUGGUUCAUUAGUUUCAGAACUUGGUCUUCUUACAGAUCUGGUUCUGUUUCAUCUCAACUCGAAUCGUUUUUGUGGUGUUGUACCUAAAACCUUUAGCCAUUUGAAGCUUCUUAGGGAGCUUGAUUUGAGCAACAAUAGGUUUGUUGGUGGAUUCCCUAAGGUGGUUCUUUCACUACCUUCUUUGAAAUUCUUGGAUCUAAGGUUUAAUGACUUUGAAGGACCAGUUCCUUCGAAACUUUUCGAUAAAGAUUUGGAUGCAUUGUUCCUUAAUGACAAUAGAUUCCGUUUUGGCAUCCCUGAGAACUUGGGUAACUCACCUGUUUCUGUUCUUGUGUUUGCUAAUAACGAUCUUGGAGGGUGCAUUCCGGCGAGCAUUGGGAAAAUGGGCAACACAUUGAAUGAGCUGAUACUGAUGAAUGACAACCUCACUGGGUGUUUGCCACAAGAGAUUGGAAUGUUGAAGAAGUUGACGGUGUUUGAUGUUAGCUUCAAUAAGAUUCAAGGCUCAUUGCCAUCAACUGUGAGCAGAAUGAGGAGUGUGGAGGAACUCAAUGUGGCUCACAAUAAGCUUACUGGUGUUAUACCAGCUAGCAUUUGCCAACUUCCUAGGUUGCAGAACUUUACAUACUCUUUCAAUUACUUCACCGGGGAAGCUCCGGUUUGUGCUGCGACAAGAUCUGGAGAUGGUCAGGAAAACUGUAUUUCUGGAAAGAAGGAUCAAAGAUCUGCUAAAGAAUGCUCUUCCGACGAUGCAAAACCAUAUGAUUGUAGGAAAUCGAAAUGUUUUCGCCCUUUUGCUACGUCUCCUUCGACGAAACCAAAGCCAAAGCCAACGCCAAAACCAAGAACACCACCUGUUCAUAAUAAACCACCUCCACCACCUGCUUGGAAGUCUUCGGGUUCGCAUAACAAGCGAUCUCCACCGCCACCUAAAUCGACUCCUCUGCCUUCACCACCACCACCAACUUACAAAAUCUCUCCUAAGCCUAGCCCUCCAUCUUCUUCUUCUCCGCCACCACCUGUUUACAAAAAGUCUCCAACGUAUAAACAUAGAAGUCCACCACCACCUACUCACAAAAUUUCUCCUGUAACUCAUCAAUCACCUCCUCCACCUCCAUCACCCGUAUAUUACCACCCAUCUCCAUCGUCCCCACCACCGCCGGUUUAUCAUUCUCCACCACCCCCAGUGUAUUACGAGCCACCUACUUACAAGCCUCAAUCACCACCACCACCAACACCAGCAUAUGAACAUCCGAAAACCCCAUCUCCACCACCACCAACACCGUCAUAUGAACAUCCCAAAACCCCAUCACCACCACCAACACCAACACCGUCAUACGAGCAUCCAAAAACCCCAUCACCACCACCAGCUGGGUACACUCCUCCACAAGAGCCAUCACAUCCUUCCCCACCUACCCCACCUUGUAACGAACCGCCGCCUCCACCACCUAAUUCACAUUGGGAACCAAAACCAUCGCCACCAUACACCUAUUCUUCACCGCCGCCUCCAUCACCAUCACCUCCCCCACCCACUUACUACUACUCAUCACCACCACCGCCGCCACCAUCACCACCCCCACCCACUUAUUACUACUCAUCACCACCACCGCCGCCACCAUCACCACCCCCACCCACUUACUACUACUCAUCACCGCCGCCACCACCCCCAAUUUACGAACAUGUCCCUCUACCACCCGUUAUAGGAGUCUCAUAUGCAUCUCCACCACCACCAGUCAUUCCAUAUUACUGAACAGAGGUUAUCAAUUAGCCUUUGAUUUUCCAUAUUAAAAAAAAAAAGAAUUCAUUUUUUUUUAUGAAUUAUGUAUACUUUGUUAUUUAUUUUUUGUAAUAUUUUUAUUUGAGUUUGAUUAUAUUUAUGAAAAAAAUGGGAUUAUGGGCGGGAGUUAGCGAGGGGUUUAAACUUUAAAUCUUAAUUAACCAGCAUUAUUGUUAUUAUUAUGCAAAAAGGGUGGUUGUGUAUAACUACAAUUUUACUGUUUCUUUUUAGUAAAACUCAUUAAUUCAAUUAUUAAUAAACAUCUUCGUGCAUCAAGCUGUGAAUAA